CCAUCGUCCAGUACGAGCAGGAGCUCUGUCGUCAGCGCAGACUGCUGGAAAAAGUUCUCCCCCAACAUGUGAGUGAAAAGGAAGAUCUCUGCAAGCAGCAGAGAAACUCCAAUGUGGAACCAGAACCUCCACAGAUUGAAGAGCAACAGAAGGAGCCAGAACCACCACAGAUUAAAGAGGAACUUGAGGAACCAGAACUUCCACAGAUUAAAGAGGAGCAGGAGGAACCAGAACCUCCACAGACUGAAGAGGAACAAGGAGGGCUUUUUAUCAGUCAGAAUGAAGAGCAGCUGGAUCUGAAGCAGGAAACUGAUAUCUUUAUGGAAAUUCUUACUUAUGAGGAACAUGAGAACAGUGAAGCAGAUCUAAGCAGUCAGCAGAUAUUUAAUGUAAAUCAUAGUCAGGAUGAAGAAGGAAACCAACAUGAAGAAUCCACAUCAACUCCAGAUGAAGAGACAAAGCCACACAACAGAGAUCAGAGGAAGAGAAGAGACAGAAGUCAUGUCCAACAUGUGGACAGCUCUCACAUGUCAGAAAGUCAGUGUGACUCUGACAUAGGAAAAAUCCCCAAAUCUAAUUUGGUUAAACACAAACCAUCCCCAAAAGAAAAGAGAAUUAACUAUGUGAAGUCUGAUAAAAGAACAAGAGUUGAUCACAUUGUUUCAGUUCGCACAAAAUCUGACUCUGACGAAAGUCCUUAUGUCUGUGAAGAAUGUGGUAAAAGUUUUGCUUACUGGUCUCAUUUCCUAAUUCAUAUGAGAAAUCAUACAGAAGAAAAGCCUUUUUCAUGUAAAGAGUGUGAUAAAAGCUUUAUUGAUAUAUACCAUCUCAAUAGACACAUGAUAACUCACACAGGAGAGAAGCCUUUUUCCUGUAUACAGUGUGAUAAAAGAUUUACUCAGGUAUCUAGUCUCAAAACACACAUGAGAAUUCAUACUGGAGAUAAGCCUUUUAUUUGUAAAGAAUGUGAUAAAAGUUUUAAUGAUAUGUAUCAUCUCAAAAGGCACAUGAUAACUCACACAGGAGAAAAGCCCUUUCCCUGUAUACAAUGUGAUAAAAGAUUCACUCAAAUAUCUAGUCUCAAGACACACAUGAGAAUCCACACAGGAGAGAAGCCUUUUUCGUGUAAAGAAUGUGAUAAAAGAUUUAGUGAAAUAUCUGGUCUCAAAAUACACACAAGAACUCACACAGGAGAGAAGCCAUUUUGCUGUAAAGAAUGUGACACAAGUUUUAGUCAAAUAUCUCAUCUCAAAAGACACAUGACAACACACACAGGGGAGAAGCCUUGUUCUUGUAAAGAAUGUUGUGCGUGUUUUAGUCUAGUUUCUCUAGACUCGUCUAGACUUGAAUUACACAUGAGAACUCACACAGAAGAGAAGCCUUCUUCUAGUCAAACUAUUUAAUAAAUAACUUUCUCUAAACUUAGAAAACCCUUGAAAACGCACAGCAGAUGACUUGUGCUGAAAAAUACAUAAGUGUUUAUUCAGGACAGGGAUAUGUUGUGAAAAGUAGAUUUACUACAUGAAAAUGUAUGCAAAACUAUGACAAAUGUAACCAUUACAAUGGUAACAUUUUAAGCCCUUUUUUAAAUUUUAUUUUGGUUAAUUUAUUUUACAUGUAAAAAUCUACUAAACCUCUAUAAUGUUUUAUACUCAUGGGGUUCCACCCUUAUUCUUUUAGUUAACUCCAACCAUUUGUAAUGUUUUUUUGAGGCUCAAGUUGGUCUCUCAGUCUGAGUCAGAAAGAAACAAAAGAACGUCAAGCACACCGCAGUCUGCUGACAAACGUAAAGAUCUGGAUUUUAUUCUCAAGUAGGACUUGGCGUCAUUCCACAUUUCCGAAUGUACCUAAAGAUGACCAUUAUGUUGCUGUGUUUGAAUAACUGACCAAGUCCCCUGAACUGGUGCAUUAAUUCAAUUAAAAGGAGGCCUUAGUGAGUAUUUAAUACAUAGAAAAGAAAUGUUCUUAAGUCUGAUGUGUACUAUUAAAUCUUCCAAGUUUCUAUAAAAAAAAAAACUAUUUUUUUUUAAGUUUUCAUCAUCUAUAGACUACAAUCAUCAAAAUAAAAAGAUAAAGGAUUGAUGCAUUUCAAUAUAUAGUGAUUCAAUCUAAUGAGUUUGAAUUGAUCAACCAAAAAAAUGUUCAUUUAAUUCUUGUACAGGUAGAAAUGUGUUGUUUCAAUUAGCAUGAAAUCUUAAUCUCUUUAACGAGUUGAGAUACCACUAGUUUUUGUAUUGGCGUUUUUUUUACUCUUUUCUUUUCUAGUCUGUUACCAUGACAAUACUAAAAAUUAAGUGGAUGACGAUUCAUUUUAACAAGGAUUUGAUUUGUAUCCUAAUUUGGGGUUGCUGUUCUGAUUCAUAUUCGAUAUUUGUUCAUUUUGAGUAAUUCAGGACAUCUUUAGCCAAAAACUCGAGAUAAAUACCUGGUACUGAACAGUGUAGAUUCCUUGUAUUUCUCAUAAGUUAACCUAAUAAUAAGUUAAAUAUGUGUACAAACAAGUAAACAAGAGUUAAUAGCAGAUCCAUUUAUAUUUUAGUUUCAUAAUGUGUAGUACACUAUUGUUUUUAUUGUAAAAAUGAUAAAAAUGGAACAUUAUUGGAGCAUUAUAUCACACUGUGUGAUCACAUCUUUACAAAUUUCAGUGUUCCCACAAAUUGGAUCGUAAGAUGUCAUGAUCAUUUUUUGCUGCCGUCGCCAGCAGUGUUGCUAACAUCCAAAUGGUGUUUUCCAGUAUUGAUAGAGUGAAUUAAUUUUAUUGAAACACUUUUAUAAUGGUGUUGGUUGAUUUGUUUGAAUUAAAUUCAUAACUUGCCUCAGACAAAUUGAUCUGAAUCACUGGACUAUAAAACAGUUAAUCGUUGUUCCACCCACUAGAAAUGUAUAAAUAUUUAAGUUAUACUUUUUAAUGAUUGCUGAAGUUUUCAUUAUUGUUUCUCACAAAAAUAUGACUACAGUUUAUAUUUUGUUGAGUCGUGUGAGAAAAUAGCAAUUUUCUGAGGAAAAUUGUAAUUUUUAAGGAAGAGGUGCUAAAGAAACAGACUGAUGUUCUUGUGUUCAUGUGAGCCAUGUUUUCUUGUAGAGAUUAGAAGUGUUUCUCUGUUCUUUUUAGUUGUCAGUGUUCUGUCCCAAUCUUCACCGUGAAAAAUAAAGUGAACGUGAA